GGAUCCAAGCCGACAGACACGGCGCAUCUAACCAUCGAAGCGUGGUCACAGGGGUUCUUGAUUGGAUCUCUGCUCAUCAUGGCCAGUAUUACCCUAGCAAACAUGCGGUCGGGGGUAUUACUACAUAAACUCAUUCUAGUCGAGCUUGUUCUAGCGGCACCGAAUGGCUUCUUCACCUUCUUUAACCCCCCAGUCUGGGGCUGGUAUCUCUCUUCGACUGCUGUCCUCCUGAUCGCAUCCUGGACAUUGCAUAAUGUCAUCUCCUGGAUGAAAAACAAGCCCUUCUUACAGCCAAGAGGUAGCUUGAUAUAUAUCAGCACGAUAUUUCUUGUCCAGCCGUACUGGGUGCUCGAACUAUACGCAAACUUUACGUAUUUUAACGGCAUAAACCACCGUAUUUUCGUGUCUACCAGGCCAUUGGAAGCAUUAUGCCGCGAUCCAUGGUGGGUCUUCACCACGGCGAACCUCUUCUGGAACAUCAAAUACCGCUACGAGUUCGGUCUAAUCGAAAUCAUCCGCGUCUCGCCUCGUUUUGGCAUUUUGCUCUUCAGCAUGUGCCUCAGCCUCCUCUUUAUCGCUCUAGACCUUCUUGCUGUGACACCAGUGCUGGCGCUCGGUGGCAUAAAUCCCUUCUGGAAGUUUGCGUCCGUGUUCAAGUGCUUGACGGACACAAUUAUACUCGACGACUUCAAAACGGCGCUGGAUAAGCUUAGCCGCCAUAAGAUGAAUCAGAUCUACCAACUCCCCUUUAGUAACUCUGGA